CUUGUUCCGAUUUUGUGAAACCAGCAAAAUGAGAGUGCUCCCGAGUUGAUAAAACUAAAGGUAUAUUAAGGCUCGUGGUUCCUGCUCAAGAACUGCAGCAAAGACGAUCAAGAAAGUUUCCUCCGACCACGUAUUUUCUCGCACACGUCGAUCCCGCGACAUCUUCGAUAUUUAUGACACCAAGGUGGGCAAGCAGAUGCAGCCUAUAGAUCCUUUAAAGUACUACUAAAUUCCCGUGCUGCUCAUCUUUCACUCUACGCAAAGUAAGAAAACAAAACCAUGGCAAGCAGUGGCUCUUCGCAUUCCGCCCCCUACUCCAUCAUCACGCUGAACGCGUGGAAUACGGAGCAGUGGGCCACUCGGCGCGCAAUUGUCGUGGAUUUCUUCAAGACCUUUCGCCCCGACAUCCUUUGUCUGCAGGAGGUGCGCCCGGAAGUUUUGGACGCCGUGCGCGAAGCGCUGGUCGGCUUCGAGUAUCUGCAAGACGCCAGCGUCCCGGGGUAUUUGGUGGAAGGCAACAUUUUGUGGAACGCCAGCAAGUUUGACAAACUUGCAAUCGGCGCAGAGGACGUGGGGAUUGAGGAAACCGAGCGCCGGUUGUUCUGGGUUUUACUGCGGGAACGGGAAAAGUCCCCCACCGAAGCGAGUGAUCCUCAAGGUGGAAGUUCUAUGCUCAAUACCGCCGGAGUAAGUCGCAGCAGUACUACGCCUUCUCGGAAGACAAGUUCUGGAAUCACUGGAAGUGCUGGCAUGAAUAUCGUACCUGGUGGAGCUGGAGCUGGGACACACGGGACUACAUCGGGGAACAAUAAUUUCUCGCUCGAGCACGGUUGCAACACGUUGCUUGUGUGUACGGCGCAUCUGACGUGGCAGGGCUCCUACCCCUAUCUCACCUCCAACACUGAUCCGCGAAAAAAGCAGAUGCGGCGAAUCUGCGAGUGGCUUGAGGUGCAAGCAAUGAUGGAUGCACUGCUGCUUGGGCACCACGGGGACCCAACCGGGCGACGAGGUGGAACAUCGGAGCAGCAGGCGGACGGGGCCAUUAGUACCAACAGACAGCUUGUGGACAAUGAUAUCGAGAGCCACUUGACGAGUCCCCGUCUUGCGGGCGACUUGUCCAGCAGCGCGGAGUUGGUGGGACCCACAAGCAAGCAAUCUUCGAGUCGCACGCCCUCCGUGUCGCCAGUACUGCUGCAACAAACUGUCGCGCACCAGACAGCGGGAAAUGCUGGCUCCUCGUCCUCGUCCGCUGGACCGUUUUCCACCACCCCGCUCGCCCCCCCGGCGCUGAUUUUCUGUGGCGAUCUGAACUGCGCGUUCGGACCCAAACAGGUGCUGCGACAGGCGCUUCCCUUCAUGCAGGACUGUUUCAGUGGUCUGCAGCUGCGCAUUCCAAGCACCCACCCCGCGCGGCCCUCGGACCCCUGUGAGGAGCAGCUGCCGGACCAGACGCUGGAUUGGAUCUUUUACGACCAGCGGAACCUGGCGCCCGUGAUGGCGACCAAACUCGAGAAGCUGUACGAGGGCUCGGUCCGCCAUGUGUCCGACCAUUUCCCGCUGUGGUUCAGUUUCCGGUUCGUCCCCGGCCUGGACAAGCCCGCAAACUACGAAGAAAACAAGGACUGGGUGGGAGGCGACCCGUUUUUCUCAACCUUGACCAAGUACGCACCGCCGGAAUUGAUGGUGUAG